AUGGAGGAAGCACCAUGUGGACGCUGCAACUCACGGUGCCGGACCAGCCUUUCUACUGCCACGUUGUUCAGCAUCUACUUCCAGCCUUCUUUUGUUGUUGCAGCGAUCGUACCAUGCAAUGUGAGAUUGGCAUUCAAUGAGCUCAUCGGAGACACCGUGACCUUCGACACUCUUGGGGGCCCAUACACUAUGCAGGUCGAGAAGGGGCGAAAGAUAACCCAGAUAGGAGGAGAUGAUUGGGAUCGUUUCAUCGCCCGCAUGCGUCUUAGUGGGGUUGAAUUGAUCUGCUUCUCCUUCAGAAGAGAUAGGCCCUGGAUUUCUGUUAUCUAUCUAAAUUUGAUUCCGGAUAGUGAGGAUGAAGUUCAUGAGGAGGAAGAUGAUGCUGAUUCAGAUGAUGACGAUUCAGAUGAUGAUGAGAACCCACUUGCUGAAUACCUGUAUGCCCAAGGACUCAGACUGAGCGACGAGGAAAUCGGCAACCUUUGGGACAUGCUUCCGCUACGUGAAGACUACCUAGGGAAGCCAUUCGUGACCCGCCUCACAAGGACGAAUGUUAAACGGCAUAUCAUGAAAUUACCUAAGAGGUUACUUGAUAGCUGUGGCAUCGACCCGGACGAAGAAGGCAUGGCUGCUGGACUACGCCUUACCAGAACGGGCUCCAUCACCAGCUGUGCCUAUGCAGUGGACACGGACGGUCGCACUGUCUUGAGCAGGGCAGGGUGGAAAAAGUUCCUUCGUGCCAAGAAUCUUCGGGUAGGACAGGCCAUCCUACUCACUGUUGCGAACACCCGUCGCCAUGACUUGAGGAUGAUGAUCACCAUCCACCUCAUUUAGAACUGGGGUGGGCCAUGUAUCAAUGUGAAAUGAACUUGUUAUGUUAGCUCUUGUUUGCGAGUACUUGUCGUGUAUUACCGUACCUAUAUCUACUCAUAUCUAGGUACUAUUGCUUGUGAUGGAUUGCAACUAUUAUUAACUGGUAACUAAUGCUCUACUAGCUAUUGCAUCAGAAAAACCCUGUUUAUUUUUCUAAGCACCACCGUACGCAUCAAGCAUUGUACAAGGCUUAUCAUGCAUCACCAAAAUAGUAUUAACAACUUGGAACACUAAACCAGAGUAGCAGCAAACUGUUAAGAUAAACGGCAGAUC